ACCGUCACAAAGUAAAAAACCCCGAGACAUUAGAUGGCGGUAUUUUGUUUUUGCGAACAUUUCACAAGUUAAUUUUACACAGUCCCGGUCCAGCGGAAUCCUGCGAUGUCCUACCGGUGUUGGUUAUUUGGUUUGAAAUGGAAACCUUUCAUGAGGAAAAUGUCAGAAUCGCGUUCGGAGGCAGGUCCCUGGAUGCGGUGCUGAGCAUCCCCGGGCAGAGCACCACCGUGCGGGCCGCGCUGGUACUGACGCACGGGGCUGGCGGAGACAUGAACGUCAAGCACCUGGUCUCUCUGGCCAAGGCCGCUGCCGCCGCCGGUUUGCUGUGCCUGCGGUUCACAUGUAAAGGUCUCAAUCUCAGCUACAGGGUGAAGGCCUACACAGCAGUUAUGGAAUAUCUGAGAAAUCAAGAGAAGUUCACCCUAACGAGUAUAUUUGUGGGCGGCCGUUCGAUGGGGGCUCGUGCCGCAGCAUGCCUGACCAAUCAGCUGAGCACAGGGGUGGGUGACGUUCCACACGGCCUGGUUUGCCUGUCCUUCCCGCUGCACCCUCCGGGCCAGACGCACACACACCGACAACGCAGUGAGGACCUUCGCAGUCUGGCAGGGGUCCCUGUGCUGUUUGUGUCCGGCACUGCCGACGACAUGUGUCAGCGGAGUCUCCUGGAGGAUGUGACCAAGCACAUGAAGAGCCCAACUACAGUCCAGUGGAUCGAGGGGGGCAGCCAUGGGCUGGUGGUGAAGGGGCGGGCGGAGGACGAGGUGCUGGCCCAGGUGAACUCCUGCAUUGUGACCUGGAUCUUGGAGCAUGUUGACCGUGCCACCUCCCCCUGACCCCUCCCCCUGACCGUGCCACCUCCCCCUGACACCUCCCUCUGACCGUGCCACCUCCCCCUGACCGUGCAUGCAAGUCAAAUCUGCAUUGUAGCUAAUGUGUAUAUUCCUAUUGAGGUCCUUCAUAAAUAGACACACCUUAAAAAUGCCUGUGUUGACCCUGAUUAUAGUAAACAAAAUAAAUUAAGUAUUCCUUGAAAGGCCUAAAUAAAUAAAUCCUUUAUUUGGCAUUUGCACGAGUAUGAGUACAUUGGAAUGCUUCUCUUCGCUGACGUCAUCUUGUUCUCUGUAGCUUGGGGGUCCCAGCACAGGGUCA